AAACAUAGAAGAUACAAGUUUAGCUUUUACUCCGAAUGCGGUACAUGAUUCGUUGUCCGCGUAUAUUGUUGUGGUCAGGAAAAUUGUUCGUUGCCGGCGGCAAAUUUUCCCGUGUAAGUACUUCCUUUCUGUACCAACAGCAGAACCACCGCGUACCGAUGGAAACCGGAACGGUUCCGCCGAUUGUUGUGAUUCUCGGAUCUACCGGCACCGGCAAAACAAAGCUAUCGCUACAGCUAGCGGCCCAGUACGGCGGGGAGGUGAUAAGUGCCGACUCGAUGCAGGUAUACAAAGGGCUGGACAUUGUCACAGCGAAAGCAACGAAAGCGGAACAGCAGCAAGCCACGCACCACCUGCUUGACGUCGUCACACCGGACCAAGUGUUUACGGUGACCCACUUUAGGGAGAAGGCACUGCCGAUAAUCGAUCGGCUGCUAGAGGAGAACCGGAUGCCGAUUGUCGUCGGUGGCACAAACUACUACAUCGAGAGCAUUCUCUGGAAGGUUUUAAUUAGCGACGGGGUACAGCGGGAACGACCUCGAAAGCGGCGCAUUUCGCCGGACUCCGCUCCUUCCACCAUAAAGCCGAGCGGUGGUGCAGCACCGAGCGAAUUGGAAGCGCUUGUGAGCCAGCUUCCGACCAUGCAGGGCUCGGCGGACGCUUUGGAGAGCUACGAUUCGGUUCUGCUUCACCAAGCCCUGAAGCGUGUUGAUCCAGAGGCGGCUAAUCGGCUCCAUCCAAAUAACAAGCGGAAGAUACUCCGCGCGCUGGAGGUGUACGUUGAAUCUGGAGGACGGUGCACCAUAAGCCAGAAAUUGAAAGAUCAGCGAACAGCACCGGGUGCCUGCAGUUUGGGUGGUCCUCUACGAUACCACAACGUUGUGAUAUUGUGGCUUCAGUGCAACCAGCAACCACUCAACGAACGGUUAGAUACGCGGGUGGACGGAAUGGUUGCGCAAGGACUACUGCCUGAGAUCCGGGCUUUCUAUGAAAGCUACGUCCAACCGUACGAUAACUGUGACUACCACCGAGGCAUUCUGCAGAGUAUCGGUUUCAAGGAGUUCGUGAAAUACCUGCAGCAGUACGAUGCCGACAAAGAUCGAGAGCUGAUGAAGUACCUCGCCACCGGGCAGGAAACUGAUAUCGUACAGCCCAAUCCGGACGGCUUGAGCCUGCUAAACGAUUGCCUCGCCUACUUGAAGCUUGUCACGCGGCGCUACUCUCGCCGGCAGCUGCAGUGGAUCAACAACCGGUUUCUUUGUGACUCCGAUCGAGAGGUGCCACCAAUCUACGCCCUUGAUACCAGCGAUGUAUCUCUCUGGAUACCGAAAGUGCUGGACAGAGCGAGGACCAUCGUAGACGCAGUUAUGGCCGGACGCGAGCCACCGUACCCGUGUGUACCAAAGAUUGUGAAUCCACGCGAUCGCUUGCAGGAAGAGAAAACGUUCCGCUGCGAAUCCUGCCAGCGAGUCAUCAUAGGCGAAUUUCAAUGGCGCAUCCAUAUGCGUUCGAAGAAGCACCAGAAAAGGGCAAAAUCAGUUCGCGAGCAGCAGUUGUAGUAAAGCAGUUAAUAAUGAUUACAUAAUUAUGUAAGUUCCUGUACAAACCAUUAAUAAGACGGUCGUUAUCCCAAAGAAAACGGAUUAGAAAAUUUUGAUUGUUUUGAUUUUAGUUUGAACAAAUAUCGCACAGGGGUUUGCAAUGAAACCCAAGGCAAAACGGUAUACAAAGAGAGACUUGACUUUAGCAAAAGCAAAACGUUGAUUUGAUAAAUUCGAACCUUGUCUUAAAUGAAUAAAAUAAACGUAAGCCAAGAUAGUUUCAGUUGAAUCGUCA